ACGACUUGUGUUUGGUCACUGAGAUUAAAGGAUUGAAAGAACAACCACGAAGCUCCUUGAGUAAGCCUGAAGAUGCAGAGCGCUCGGGGCUUUGUAUCCUGCUCGUCAUGCCGACAAAGAAAAUUAAGAUGCGAUCGGGACGAGCCGUGUAGUAAUUGCACGGCCAGAAAUGUCGAAUGCAUUUACGCCUCAUUACCACGUGGACGUGGUAGCUUAUCUCACAGAGGAAAUCACAACCAGCGCCCUGAAGUUCGCCUACGUAAGCUGGAGCAACUUCUCGGGACAAUAGUAUCACAAAUGCCCGAAAAGCAAGCGUCGGGCGUCGCAAUAAGUUCAUAUAACGCCGGAGAAGCAAAUAAUCUCCACGGAGACAAGACUUCUAGCCAUGCUGCUAAUGAACGAACGGUGGGCGACUUUUCCCAGAAUGACAAUCACACGGUCAGGCCCGGCCGCAUGAUGUCGAGCGACGACCAGACGAUUUACGUAUCUAGCGUUCACUGGGCAGCAAUUUGUAACGAGAUUGCAUGCCUUAGAGAGAAUUUUGAUGAGCAGGAAGCACAAAACCACAUGGAGACUAUGGUGCAUAGCCAAAGGAGUAGCGAGCCCCUGCUAUUGGAUGGUGUAAGAGAAAUAUCCAGCCUGGAAGACAUUCUAUCCGCCAUCCCUCCAAGAGAUUUCGUGAACAGAUUAAUAUCCCGAUAUUUCAAUUCCAAGGAUCCCUCAGUUGCUGCCUUUCACCCGCCAUCAUUUCAGCUUGAGUAUAAGCGAUUUUGGGAUAACCCGCGUGCCGCUUCCCUUCCUUGGAUAAGCCUAUUAUUCGGAGUAAUGGCUCUAAGUGUGUUUCUGCAUAUGCGCUCCGGAGACAAACUGCCAGAGGCGUUCGGGAAUCCUGGAGACAUGAGGGAUGAUUUCCAUCGACGCGCUACCGAAUGCCUGCUCUUGUCCAAAUAUUCCACUGAACCUGGCGCAUACACCAUUGAGGCACUCCUCUUCAACAUUCACAAUGAGUUUGUGCGAUGCAAAGAUGCCCAUUUAGGCGUCUGGAUUCUGGCCGGUAUUGCCACACGAUUAGCGAUGCGAAUGGGAUAUCACCGUGACCCAAGCCACUAUUCACAGUUAUCCGUGUUUCAGGGAGAAAUGCGCCGCCGCUGCUGGGCGAGUAUCUUGCAGAUGGAUGCACUCUUUUCCUGCCAGCUUGGAUUGCCGGCCAUGAUUCAAGAAUCACAAUAUGAUACACAGCUCCCGUCCAAUCUUUUGGAUGAAGACUUUGGUCCUGAUUCCGUCAAGCUUCCGAAAUCACGGCCUGAGACCGAUCUGACGCCCGUGUUAUACACGAUUACGAAAACACGAUUUUUAUUGUUGUUUCGUGUAAUAUUCAACCAGGUUGCUCUACAAUACGUGGCAGAGUAUGAUGAGAUCAUUGCACUGAGUCAACGUCUUGAAAACGCCUAUACCCUCAUUUCUCCUCACUUCCGAAUGGCUUCUCUUGAAGAUUACAUAACGGUUCCGCCCUAUUCAUUAAUCCAGAGGUACAACUUGGAGCUCCUAUUCCAAAAGACACGAUGUAUUCUGCACCGCCAUCAUAUGGCAAAAUCUUACCAAGAACCGAAAUACAACUUUUCCAGGUAUUCAUGUGUUGAAGCGGCAAUGGCGAUUUUAACGCACCAUGCCAACAUUCACAAAGAAGUGCAAGUCGGAGGUCUUCUUCACAGAGAAAAGUGGUUUAUUUCAUCACUUGAGCAGCACGAUUUCUUGCUAGCUUCCAUGAUUGUCUGCCUCGAGCUCACCUCACAGACCCAAUCUAGUCCAGAACACGACCACGAAAUAACCGGAUUGGUGAAGUUUGACCGUCAAGAAUUGAUCAAAGCACUGGAAACUUCCAAAUUAUCUUGGCAUAGGCUUAAAUCAGACUCCUUUGAAGCGCAAAAAGCAUUCGAUAUGCUCUCAGUCAUGCUAGAUAGGGUUUCGAUGGGUACACAGGUAGAGAGAGAGCGACGUCUUAUGGAGAGGGGCGCUGAGCAUGAUAACGGCAACCAUACAGUAUCUAGGCAUAUGGAUGACGAUCCUAUGCUGGAACCAAGCACGUCAGAGGGCGUGGAGCGUCAAUUAGGUACACUAAAGACCUCACAGACCACCGAUACACCAUUUCUCAAUGAGAUGGAUUCAUUUUUGAAUGGCCAAGAUAUGAUAGAUUGGAACGCGUGGGAGCUCUUCUUGAAAAAUUCUCGCGGGGAAUCACGAGGCGCUUGAAGAAAAUUGAUCGCCGAAACUUCAGCUGUCCAGCUAUUAUUUCUCAACUUAUGAAAUUCCGCUCGACAAUUCCAACGGAAAAUUCGAGCUUUGGACUUAUCAUCUACGCCACGGUCUAGGCCCCAAGUCGCUAGCGCUCCGGAUUUGGGCAACGGUGAUAAUAACUCCGAUGUUCAAUUACAAAGACUACUGGAAUGAGGAUGCACAAAUCACGCUUCACAGGUAUAUCAGGUGAUAGGAGGUCGGAGCCCGCGGACAUGUCCAUAGAGUCGAGCCCCUUAUGGCCGAGGUUUACUAUUGAACCUAAGUCUAAGCGACAAAAUGAAGGAUUUAUCAUUCUUUACAAAUAUUCGAUUGAACAAGAGUGAAUGAGGCCUAGUGUACUAGCAAUUCCCGAGUAGUCUCGAG